UCGACCUUAGCCUGUUCAAACCGUACGAGUUGUCAACAGCCUCUGACCAUAGAUUUGCGCCUGCAGCUUCAGCUCCCACUGCCACGGCGUGCGGCGAUGGCGACGGCGCACAUCCCGCUCAAUCAGCACCCCGAUGUCGUCAGGUGGCUGCCGUCGCUCUCCCCGCUGCAGGUGGAUCGCCCGCUCGCCCUGGCCGUGUGGGACUUCCGCACCUGCUCCGCGCACCUGCACGCACUCCUCCUCUCCCCGCCGCAAACCCCCGCCUCUUCCGCCGCCUCGCCCGUUCCGCGCCCCACUCUCUCGCCGCUCGGCGCGUGGCAGCUGCCGGCGCGCGCGUCCCGCCUGGCGGUGUGCGCGCUGCCCGACGGGCGGUCGCUGCUGCUGCUGGGGUCGCGCGGGGGACACGUGAGCGCGCUGCUGCUGGACGGAUGGGACGUGCUGGGCGCGGGGGUGGAGGGCACGCAGGGGGAGGGCGCGGAGGCCCUACAGCAGGGGGAGGCAGGUGAGGGAGGCAGGGGGGGCGAGCGGAUGGCGGGAGUGGACGGGGAGAAUGGGGUGGGCAGAGCGCGCGCUGUGCGGGACGGGGGGAAAAAGAGCGCGGGGACAGGGCUGCUGGUGGGUAGGUUCGGUGAGGGGGAGGGAGGCGCGGCGAGGGAGGCCGGCGACAGAGGGGUGGCGCUGAUAACGGCUGCGCCACGGGCAGCGGGCGGGCAGGGCCACGAGGGGCGCGUGACGGCAGUGGACUUCCGCGCGGACAACGCGCGCUGCCUCUCCGCGGGCGCGGACGGGCGCCUGCAGGCCAUGGCGCUCGUGGGGGGGCAGUGGGUGGCGGACGCGCUGCUGGCGGGCGCAGGGGGCGCUCGGAGGGGGGGCGCGGGGGCAGUGGCGGUGACAGCGGCCAGAUGGCGGUCGGCAGUGGAGGCGGUGACGGGCAGCAUGGGGGGCGCCGUGCAGCUGUGGGACGUGCGCUCGGGGCCCGCCCACGCACCCGCUGCCACGUGCAGCAUUGCAUGGUCGCAGGCAGCACCGUGUGGGGUGGGCGCCGUGAAUGACAUCACCAUCCACCCGUCGCGCAACCACCUCGCCAUGGCAGCGGCGUCGCACGGCACGGUGGUGGCGUGGGACCUGCGCCACCUGCACCACCCGCUGCUCCUCUUCGGCCCUUCCGCCGCGCUGCCCGCCUCCCGCUCGCCCUGCGGGCCCGGCGCUGCAUUCGCCGGGGGGGACGUGUGGGAGGUGCAGUUCGACCCGCUCACGCACCUCUCGCUGCUCUCCUCUGCGCGCGGCCCCAACGCUAGCUCCACGGGCGCUGCUGCCGUGCCGCCCAUGCUGGCAUGCUCCGAUGCCGGGCUGCUGUCGCUGCUGCACCCAGACGGCACGGUGCGGGACAUCAUACACGCGCCGCAUGCCAUCAACUCCUUCGAUGUGGAGCACUCCUUCGGCCAGCAUGUGGUGGCGUCGGGUCACCACGCCAUCAUCUACGUGUGUCGUCCUAAGCUUCCAUGAGCCCACGAGAAGCCUGUGGGCUUCAAUAGCGGUGGGGAUGAAGGCCCCAAUAGAGCAGUGGAAGAUGGGGACGCAGUUAAGAAUCACAAUAUCCAUUACGCUGGUGCACAUUUGCUCACAUUCAAUGAAUUUGCAUGCCACCUUCCCACUAGUUGGAAUGACGGGAGCAU